AUGGGAGGAGAAAUUGUCGUCGGCACGCGGCUUCAUUGGAACAAUCACGUACAGGAUGAGUGCAUCAAUAUAAACAAAGUGCUGAAUCAAGUGCGCACUUUUUGCAUUCGUGCAGCUACGUACUCCGAUGGUGGAGUUUUGAUUGCUGUGGGACUGCCUGAUGCACUUGUUCAAUCCAUUACAACUACUAAUGAAGACAUGUCAACAACCAGCGCUUUUGCUGACUCUGUGCGAAAGUUUAUGGUCCAAUUGCAGAGCGAGGCAGAUGCAGGAACUCUUGCUGGCAAGGUGAAGAUUAUUCCCAUGCUGUAUUGGGGAAAGUUUGUUCCGGCGCUGAACGCAUUGAUUGGAACGGCGGCCGACUACUUUCCAAAGGCUGAUACACUUCUCUUACAGUCCUUAGAGAUCAACGUCGAUGCAGAUAGUGUAGAGUCAUUGCGCUCACAUUUUGACUUAACGCGCGACCUUGUGGUGGGAGCGGCACUGCCUGGCCACGACUUCCAAUCAAACCCGGCAAGCCAACCGGUCGAGUUGAGUGGCUUGACGUCGCCGUGGAAUACACUUGCGCUAUGGAACCUCGAGCAAUUGACAAAAAUUGGUUUUGCAUUGAUGGGAGACGCGUUGCGCCUCGAGGUCGACGGGAUCGGCUCGGCCGCAGGUAUUGAAGAAGUGGCCACCAUUGCAAUGUACCAGCAACUUUACGUCGGCACCACGUCGCCUACAAUGGCCAAGCUAGUGCGCAUCCCUAGUAUCGCGUGGCAAGUGGAUCAACUGCACGACUUAAAGCGCGUCGCCUGGCAUGAGAAGAAGAUGGCAAGCAAGCAGCAGCGCGCAGCUGCUCAGAUUGCUCAAUUUGGCGGUGUUUGUCCCGGUCGUGUAUAUCACAUAGACGCUGAGCAGUAG